AUGUUUUUAUAUAAAUAUAAAUAUUUGUUUUUAAUAUUAUUUAUAUUAUUAAUUGUUUAUAAAAUAAAUGGUUUGUUUCAAUGCGAAACUUUGGACCCAGAAUUAUGUUUGGCUUCGUAUCCCAAUUGUAUUCCUUUAAUAUUGAAAAGCUGUUGUGCAGGUCAAACAGGUUUAUGUGUAGAUAUGGAUAGUGCGGUAGAUUAUGUUUCAAAUAAAAAAGAUAAAGUAACAAACUGUAUAAAAAAUAUACAAACAGGUAUAAUAUUCGAAUUAUAUGGUCCGUUAAACUCUAUACCUGGCUUUAACAUUUAUCCGCCACCAAAUGAGACAUGCAAGGAUAUUGGUUGUGAAGCAAAGGGUUUAAGUUGUAUUUAUCAACCUAUUGCUAAUUGCGAAUCCACAUCACCUUGUUGCCAACCACAACCUAUUUGUUCAGACUUUACAAAACUAUUAAUGUCAAAUAUAUCUCAUGGAAGAGGUAAUUGCGAUGCCCAAUGCCCUGAAGGAUUUAACUGUAGAUAUAUCGCAGAUGAAGAAACUUGUUUACCCUCAAAAUGCGAUCUAGUUGAAUGUAUAGCUGGAACCGAAUGCUUGCCAUUAAAAGGUUUAGAUAUAGUUUCAUGUUUUAAAAAAAUUGAAAUUAAUGAUAGUCCCAAUGCUAACUGUGAUAAUGUUAAAUGCCCAAACCAAUUUGUAUGUGGCAAAGGGGUAUUUUCAAAUGCAGAUUGUUUACCUCAAGAUAUAGAUUUUAUAUCAGAAAUAUUUAACUGUAGCAAGUGUCCUAAAGAUUGGAAAUGUGAUAAAUUUGGAUGGGGUGGGUUAUGUAUAGAAUGGAAACCCUCCAGUCCAGGUGAUGGUGUACCAUGUUUAGGUGGAUUUUGUCUAUUCAAUCAAUAUUGUAAUGAAACAAGCCAACAAUGCGAAUUUGAAAGAUGUACCUCUACAACUUGUAAUAAAGAUAUGAGUUGUAUUCAAUACCAACCAUCACACCCAAGAGUUUGCUCAUCGACCAACAUUAUUCCAUUCACCCAAAUCCCAGAUACAAUAAUACCCUAUUCGGAAAGAUACAAGGACCAAAUUAGAGCACAAAGAUAA